AUCGACUCUGGUCAGCCUGGACCAAGCAGUCCAAAUCGUUAAUAUAUUUCGCCUCUGAUUGCGCUUCGUCGCUGUAUUAUACUACUUUUUGUUUUUUAUCAAUCUGUCGCUGUCAGCGGCUGCAGAACUGCCCAGCCAUGCCUGUCGUCAAAGGAGGUGUCUGGACGAACAUUGAGGAUGAGGUGCUUCGCGCGGCGGUCUCGAAGUAUGGUCUCAACCAGUGGGCGCGUGUUUCUUCCUUGCUAGCACGAAAGACACCAAAGCAGUGCAAGGCGCGAUGGGUGGAAUGGCUGGAUCCCGGCAUCCGCAAGGUCGAGUGGUCGAGGGAGGAGGAUGAGAAGCUGUUGCAUUUGGCCAAGUUGAUGCCAACACAGUGGCGUACAAUCGCACCUAUCGUGGGACGGACAGCAACACAGUGCUUGGAACGCUAUCAGAAAUUGCUGGAUGAAGCGGAAGCGCGUGAGAACGAUGAACUUGCUUUGGAAGGACCCGGCGCAGAGUCAGCAGCUCCCAGUGCUGACGAUGUGCGACGGCUACGACCCGGCGAAUUGGACCCCGAUCCGGAAUCUAAGCCCGCUCGUCCUGAUACCAUUGACCUCGAUGAAGAUGAGAAGGAAAUGCUGAGUGAAGCUCGCGCUCGUUUGGCGAACACACAAGGAAAGAAGGCGAAGCGGAAGGCCAGAGAGCGGCAAUUGGAAGAAUCGCGACGACUUGCAGUCCUCCAAAAACGACGUGAACUGAAAAAUGCUGGCAUUAACAUCAAGGUCGUUACCCGCAAGCAGGGUGAAAUGGAUUAUAACGCCGACAUCCCAUUCGAAAAGCCAGCAGCCCCCGGAUUUUACGAUACCAUGGACGAAGAAGCCCGCAAUGAGAGGCAACGUGAGAUGUUCGAUCCUCGCAAACAGCAGCUCGCCAACAAGCGGAAGGGAGAUCAGGAUGACGAGGCGGAGCGGAAGAAGAGGAAGAAUGACAAGAGUGGCAACUCCGCGGCGUUCGCCGCUGCUGCUCGUGCCGGCCAGAUGCAGAAGAUCCGCGAGGCGGAGCAAAGCAGCAAGCGAAGAUCCCUUGUCCUCCCGGCCCCUCAGGUCAGCGAAGGUGAAAUGGAAGACAUCAUUAAGAUGGGUAUGGCAGGUGAUAGAGCCAGUAAAAUGGCGGGAGACGAAGAAGGGGCUCGUGGUCUGGUCGGAAACUAUACUGGCAUUGUCGGUGGAACUCCCAUCAGAACACCUCGCGCGCCGCCAGAGGAAGAUCACAUCGCGAACGAAAUCCGCAACAUCAGAGCUUUGACCGAGACCCAAUCAUCGUUAUUGGGAGGCGAGAACACUCCUCUGCAUGAGGGAGGGUCUUCCACUGGAUUUGAUGGAAUCGCUCCGCGUCGUCAGCAGAUUGUUACGCCCAACCCGAUGGCAACACCAUUUAGGCAAGCCAAUGGCGUCGGUGCAACCCCUAUGAGAGGUGGUGUUGGUGCUGGUGCCACUCCCUUGCGGACCCCUCGGGAUCACUUCGCUCUGAACCAGGCAGAAGGUGGGCAGCUGAUUGGAAGUACCCCCAGAGACAUCAAGAUGCACGAGAAUUUCAUGCGUCAAAGCAUCCGCAGCAAGCUGGCAGCCCUGCCAAAGCCCAAAGAAACGGAAUGGGAGCUGGAAGAGCUUCCUUCCGAAUCUACGGAACCAACGGCUGCUGCUGAGUACGUGGAAGAGGAUUCCGCCGAGCGCGAUAGAAGGGAGAAAGAGGCUCGAGAGCGCGCCGCAGCGGCCGAGUUCAAGCGUCAAUCACAGGUGUACCAGCGAUCCUUACCUCGGCCGAGUGUACUUGAUAUCGAUGCGAUGAUGGAACGGGUGUCUCACAUCACGGAUCCUAUCGCCAGUCUUGUCGCGAAGGAAGCCGCUCUUCUCAUUGCGCACGACGCCCGCAAAUUCCCCACCCCCGGUGCUAAAGUGGAGGGCAAAGCUCGCAAGCUGGAGCAAUUAGAUGACAGCUUCAUGGAGCAAGCCCGUGCGGCUAUUGCAGCGGAAGCCGCCACAUCCGAAAAGCAGCAGGAGUGGCAGGAAAACUUCGACGAGCAGUGGACUACAAAACAUUCCAGCGCGCUACCAGGGCUUUCUAACUACGCUGACGAUGAAGAGGAGGAUGUAUACCAGCAAGAACAGCGGAUGAUUGCAGCUUUUGACAAUGUACAAAACUCUCUGCUGGCCACGGCAGAACGGGGCAACAAGCUGGAGAAGAAGCUCGCUUUACAUUACGGAGGCUAUCAGAACCGAGCGAAGAUGCUCCGAACUAAGAUAGUGGAAGCCCACACAGCCCUAGAGAAGACGACGGAUGAGCUGGAUGCCUUCCGUACUCUGCAGAUCUCGGAACAAUCCGCUCUCUCACGGAGACUUGAGAAAUUGAGAGACGAUGUGGCAUUCGUGAUGCGCAGAGAGCGGGAAGCUCAAGACCUGUAUAGGACCCGGAAAGACGAGCUUGAUGAGCUCGUGGCAGGAACAGGGGGGAUGUAUCACCCCUUCUUCAAUAUGGGCGGCAGGGACGAGGCCACCGGGACCCCGGACCCCGUCGAGAAGGGGUUCGCCACCCUCAAUACCAUCCGGAUCGGUGUCAAGGCCAUGGUGCAGAAGGAUGGAGAACUACGAAAAGCGGAAAUUCUUUCGAUAAAGCAGCGGAAAGAUGGUCCUUCUUUCUACGUCCACUAUGUCGACUUCAACAAGCGUCUUGAUGAAUGGAUUGAUUCCGGAAGAAUAGACCUGUCACAUGAGGUCGAAUGGCCUCAGCCAGAGAAACCGGAGAAGAAGAAGACCGGACCCGGCAACAAGGCACCUAGUAAGAACGCCCAGAAGCGUGCUAGAGCCGAAAGCCGGGAUGUAUCAGCAACGCCUGAUCUUCUGACGGGAAAGAACACCAAUGUUGGCAAAGCCCAGCGUCCGUCCAAAGCGGGCGGCAAAGAGAACCGCGACGAGACCCCCGUGAACCUCUCCAUCGGAGGUUCAGAAGCUGUCUCCGCAGAUGGAACCCCCAAGCCCGACUCGGAUGAUGUCGACAUGAUCGAUGUCGGCUUUUCCAAAGAUGAAAAAGAAGAAGCGAAAGCACUAGGUCUCAUGUCGCGCGAAGAAGAAAUCGAACGCCUACGUACUAGCGGUAGUAUGACCCAGAACCCAACAGAGAUUCACCGCGUGCGAAACUUGACCCGUCUCCAAAUGGGCAAAUACGACAUCGAGCCCUGGUACUUCUCACCAUACCCGGCAUCGUUCUCCGACGCAGACGUCGUAUACAUUGACGAGUUCUGUCUGGGAUAUUUCGACAACAAGCGUGCCUUCGAGCGUCACCGUUCCAAAUGCACCCUCGUGCACCCGCCCGGAAACGAAAUCUACCGGGACGACUACAUUUCAUUCUUCGAAGUCGACGGCCGCCGCCAACGAACCUGGUGUCGCAACCUCUGUCUGCUGAGCAAACUCUUCCUCGACCACAAAACACUGUACUACGACGUCGACCCCUUCCUCUUCUACUGCAUGUGCAGUCGAGAUGAAACAGGCUGCCAUCUCGUCGGCUAUUUCUCCAAGGAAAAAGACUCCGCGGAAGGCUACAACCUGGCCUGUAUCUUAACCCUCCCUCAAUACCAACGCCGCGGGUACGGCCGUCUCCUCAUCUCCUUCAGCUACGAGCUCGGCAAGCGCGAAGGAAAGCUCGGAUCGCCCGAAAAGCCUCUCAGUGAUCUCGGUCUCCUCAGUUACCGACAAUACUGGCGAGAAACCCUCGUGGAACUGCUCUUAGAAACCGGCCGGGAAUCCGUCAGCGAGCACGACCUCUCAAUGCUGACUUCCAUGACGGAGAAAGACGUCCACGAGACUUUGGUUGUGUUCAACAUGCUCCGUUACCAUAAAGGAAACUGGGUCAUAGUCCUAACCGACCAAGUCGUCGAAGAGCACAAGAAGCGCCUGGAGAAGGAGAAAAUCAAGGGCGUUCGCAAGAUCGAUCCCGCCCGGCUGCAAUGGAAACCGCCCGUCUUCACUGCUUCAUCCCGUACCUGGAAUUGGUAGGGUUACCUAAAUGAUACAAAAAGCUAUUUGACGGGAGCGGGGAAGCCGGGGGAGAUUGAUUGAUACCCUAAUAUAUGGAGUCGGUGGUGUAAUGUAUGUGUUUAUGUAUGCUUGUUGCUGAUUUUGGAGGUCUUGUUCCUUUUUCUUUCCUGGGGUGUAUGGAUAUUUUGUAAAUUAGAUUACUAUUACUUAGUGCCUUGCAGGGGGAGUUUUGUGGUUUAGCAUGGGAUGGAUGGUUAUAUUUAGCGUUAGCAGGGUUGGUGUUGUGGAAUUUAUUCUUAUUAGUC